ACCGCCCUCUGGAAAUUGCGGAAGUAGAACUUUCGUUUCAGAAGUUCACAACGCCAAGUGUCAAGGGUGGUCCAGUUCCUAAGACGAAGAAUAAACUUCUCAACGCCAUGUCUUUGUCCUUUGAGGGAAGAGUUGUGCUCGUCACAGGCGCUGGAGGAGGACUUGGAAAAGAAUAUGCAUUGGCUUUUGCUGAAAGAGGUGCCUCUGUUGUAGUGAAUGACCUUGGGGCAGACACUAAAGGGGGUGGAAAGAGUUCUGCAGCUGCUGAUAAGGUUGUGGAGAAGAUAAGAGCCGAGGGAGGCAAGGCAGUGGCCAACUACGACUCUGUAGAAGAUGGAGAGAAGCUCAUUCAAGCAGCUCUGGAUACGUUUGGAAGAAUAGAUGUUGUUGUCAACAAUGCUGGGAUACUUCGUGACCGAUCUUUUGCCAGGACAAGUGAUUUGGACUGGGACCUUAUUCACAGAGUUCACCUGCGAGGCUCGUUUUUGGUGACCCGUGCUGCCUGGAACCACAUGAAAAAACAAAAAUUUGGAAGAAUCAUCAUGACGGCUUCGGCCGCAGGCAUCUACGGCAACUUCGGCCAAGCCAACUACAGCGCCGCUAAGCUGGGUUUACUGGGGUUGUCAAACACCCUGGCCAUCGAGGGCAGCAAGUACAACAUCCAUUGCAACACCAUUGCUCCUGUUGCUGGGUCGCGGCUCACUGAGACUGUUAUGCCUCCAGAUCUUGUGGCGGCGCUGAAGCCGGAGUACGUGGCUCCCAUGGUGCUCUGGCUCUGUCAUGAACAAUGCCAAGAAAACGGAGGACUCUUUGAGCUUGGCGCAGGCUGGAUUGGCAAAUUGCGCUGGGAGAGAACGCAGGGCUGCAUCACCAGACAUAAGAACCAGCCCAUGACUCCCGAGGCUGUCAGGGACCAGUGGGACAAAGUUUGUGAUUUUACUGACUCCACCAAGCCGACUUCAGUACAAGAAUCACUCCAGUCCAUUAUGACUGUGCUGUCUAAGGUUGAGUCGGGGCAAGAUGUUCGCGCCAGCCCAACCGCCGGUCCUGCUACUGUAGCCUCCUCCAGCUCUGGCAUCGACCCUAUGGUAGCAGUUGGACAAAAACUUCCUCCGUCUACAUUCAGCUUCUCACACACGCAGUGCAUCCUGUAUGCGCUGGGCGUAGGCAUGUCAACAAAGGACCCCGACCACCUCAGGUUCCUGUAUGAAGGCCAUCCAGAUUUUAGCUGCCUCCCCACCUUCGGGGUCAUUCCCUCCCAGGCGGCCAUGAUGGAUGGCGGCCUGAGCGCAGUGCCCGGACUCAACAUUGACUUCACGCAGGUGUUACAUGGCGAGCAGUACCUGGAGCUCUACAAAACAUUUCCUACUUCUGGCAGUCUGACCUCACAAGCCUCCAUCGCGGACGUUUUGGAUAAAGGUUCUGGAGCGCUCAUCCUCCUUGAUGUGAACACCUACAGCGGCGACGAGCUGAUCUGCUUCAACCAGUUUUCGGUGUUUGUGGUCGGCGCCGGCGGAUUUGGAGGGAAAAGAACGUCUGAGAAAGCCAAAGCCCUGGUGCUGCCUCCGCAGCGGGCGCCAGAUGCAGUGCUGGUGGAUUCCACCACCAGAGACCAGGCCGCCUUGUACCGUCUAAGCGGCGACUGGAAUCCCCUCCACAUUGACCCAGGUUUUGCCGCCAUGGGAGGCUUCAAGGCGCCCAUCCUGCACGGUCUGUGCUCCUUUGGCUUCGCAGCGAGACACGUCCUCAAGCACUUUGCAGGCAACGAUCCCUCCAGAUUCAAGGCCAUCAAGGUGCGCUUUGUGAAGCCAGUGAUGCCUGGUCAGAGCCUCCAGACUGAGAUGUGGAAGGAAGGCAGCAGAGUUCACAUCCAGUGUAAAGUGAAGGAGACGGGUGAUGUCGUGCUCUCCGGCGCUUACGUGGAUCUACACGAAACGGCGCAGGCGUCAGCCGGUGUUCCUCAGGGCGGGCUUCAGAGCGAGUUGGUGUUUGCCGAGAUCGGCCGCCGCAUACAAGAGACCGGAGACGACCUCGUCAAGAAGGUCAACGCCGUCUUCGGCUGGGAGAUCACCAAAGACGGCAAGAACGCGGCGCAGUGGGUUAUUGAUUUAAAGAACGGCAGCGGUGCUCUGCAUCCUGGUCCUUACGCCGGGAAGGCGGACGUCACCUUCACCGUGUCAGAUGAAGACUUCAUGGAUGUGGUGCUGGGGAAAGUCAACCCUCAGAAGGCCUUCUUUUCUGGGAAACUGAAGAUUCGAGGGAAUGUCAUGCUGAGUCAAAAACUGGAGAUUAUCCUGAAGGAUCACGCCAAGCUGUGAGUGCCCACCCUCUACAAAGCGGAGGAUAUUAUUGUACUCAUGGAAUUAAUUAAAAAGUACAGAUAACAAACCGUGCUAAACAAAUCCACAAAUAGAUUUUCCACUGUGAUAACACUAAAAUUGAGUAUAAACAAUUGUACAGAAAUGUUAUUUUACAGCCCUAAUCAGUGCAAAUGUGUCCAUGUCAUCAAACUAACCAAAUGGUUUUUUUGUGUUGAAUUUAUCAAUAAACAAGAUCAUUUAUUCGUCAA